CUAGACGCGAAGCGAUGCGCAUGUAACAAAUUUAUUUUUCAAUGUGAUAGUGUUAAUGUAAAUACAUUAUUUUUAAAUCCAACAAGAUGACUACUGCGUUUAAUUUAAGGUUUCCCGAAUGGGAUUUCACAAAGAGCCAAUUCAAAGAGUUAGAUGAAUUACCUUUAAUGGGAACUCCAGGGCCAAUACUUAUGAUCCUGGCAGCAUAUUUUCUCUUCGUAUUGAAAAUAGGACCCGCCCUUAUGACCAAACGAGAACCGUAUAAGUUGACAGCAGUCCUUCUGCUGUAUAACUUCUUCCAAGUCGUAUUGUCGGCUUUUAUGGUACAUAGGUAUGCGAGUAUGAUGUCUGAAAAUGGGGUGGCACCAGCUACAUGUCACAUGCAUAAUAAAUCUACAAGAGAGAGGAUAUUAUUGGAUAUAUGGAUUUACUUCGCUGCAAAAGUUACAGAAUUACUGGAUACGAUAUUUUUCGUUUUACGAAAGAAAGACAGACAAGUGACGUUUCUACAUUUGUACCAUCAUUCGGUGAUGAUGAUCGGUACAUGGAUGUACUUAAAGUAUUGGCCAUCAUACACAUUGUUCUUCAUUGGUUUUAUGAACGCCCUGGUUCACGUAUUCAUGUAUACGUACUAUGGGUUAGCAGCAUUAGGCCCUAAAGUCACCAAAUACAUCUUCUGGAAGAAGUAUAUGACGAAACUACAACUGCUGCAGUUCUUCUGUAUAAUAGUUCACUAUAUAGUGGCAAUCAACAAGUCUGAGUGUCCGCCGUCGAAGGGAGUUGCAAUUUUCAUUGGCGCAAAUACACUCUUCAUUGCUUUUCUCUUCCUCAACUUCUAUUUCCAAAACUACAAAAGUCGUAACAUUGUUAAGGAUAAAACGUUAGAAAAGCUGAAAAGUUCAAAAGCAAUAAAUGAUGAGAAAAGUGAAAAAGAAAAGAGUGAUUGAAAAUACAUAAUCAAAUACGUGAAGAAAAUGAAGAAAUAAUAAGAGUAUUUCAGACGACCAGUCCUAUAUCGUUGUAAUUUGCUUUAAUGUAUAAAAUGUGAUGUAAAAAAUUGUGUUCCCGGAUGGAUGGAUGGUGUUUAAUUUAGUUAAUUUUGAUGUUGAUCACUAGAUGGCGGUUGUUGUUUGGAAAACGUGGUAUUCUUUUGGUUAGUAAUUUGUAUAUACUGGUGAGUGGUGUCUAUACGUGAUAUAACAGUAAACUUAAGAUAAUAAAUUGCCUUUACUUGGUAAGGUUUUUCUUCAUACUUCGCUCAUUAAAAGUUACGGUCCUCUGCCCUUCAGGCGUUUGACCACCCUGCCGAUGGCCGAGGUGCUGUAAACUGUGAAGGCCAUUAGUAAGAUUUUACAAAAAAAUCAAGAUAAUACAAAGAAGAAAUUAAAUUCGUUAAUAUUAUUUGCAGCAAAUUGAUCUUACCAAAUAAUGUACUCAUCGUUACAUAUAAGUAGUGUCUUAUAUAAAUUAUUUUUAAGAGCGUUGAAAAUGUGAUUUAACGUAUAUACUAUAAGGUAAAAUCGGGAACUAUUGACUCACGAAUACAGCACGGUACAAAGCUACACACUGCAAGAUUUGCAAUCAAUGUUUUUUCCUAUUUCUGUAUAUUAUUUUAAAUAAAUUGUUAAUACGUGGUUUUUUAUAAAAAUUACCUGUGCCGAUACUCUGUAGACUGUAAUUUCUAAUAUCCAAAGCACCGAUGGUGAAAAAAUCUCCACAUUUAUGAUAAGAUCCCGAUAGGUAUUGUUGUUGGUAGUUACAUAAUACCGGCGCUGAAGAAUGAUUCUCAUAUCAUCAAGGCAUCUCUCUUAUUGGUAUACUUUUAUAUUUUAAGAUUGCCAAAGCCUUCACGCGAACAUUAAACGAACAAAUAAGAUAUUAAAAAAGAACUUUCGUGUAAUCGUGAGUCACUCUAGACAAUAAGAAAUUUGUGAUAUAUUAAAAUGUUUCUUAAUA